UUCGAAUUUACUGACUUCUGUCUGACUCUUGGGCCAGCACAAUGCUUCUGCUGUUCAAAGAAAACCAGUCCAAAUUACCUAAGCGAGAGCUUUUUCAUGGUGAAAGGCGCAGCCCUUUUCCUACAACAAGGAAACAGCUCCCAGGGCCAGCGAAGUCUCCAGCAUCCCCACAAGCAUGCAGGUGAUUUGCCCCAGCACCUCCAGGUGAUGAUCAACCUCCUUCGCUGUGAGGAUAGGAUCAAACUGGCUGUCCGUUUGGAAAGUGUGUGGACAGACAGAGUCCGGUACAUGGUGGUUGUAUACAGCAGCGGACGACAGGACACGGAAGAGAAUAUUCUGCUGGGUGUGGAUUUCUCCAGCAAGGAGAGUAAAAGCUGCACUAUAGGAAUGGUUCUUCGUCUGUGGAGCGAUACUAAAAUCCAUCUUGAUGGUGAUGGUGGCUUCAGCGUGAGCACUGCGGGGAGGAUGCACAUCUUCAAGCCGGUGUCGGUGCAAGCCAUGUGGUCUGCUUUACAGAUCCUCCAUAAAGCCUGUGAGGUUGCAAGAAGGUACAACUACUUCCCAGGUGGGAUGGCCUUGGUCUGGGCCACGUACUACGAAAGCUGCAUCAGCUCUGACCAGAGCUGCAUCAAUGAGUGGAAUGCAAUGCAGGACCUGGAGUCCACCCGCCCCGACUCUCCAGCCCUGUUUGUUGACAAGCCAACUGAAAGGGAACGAACAGAACGGCUCAUUAAAGCCAAACUCCGGAGCAUCAUGAUGAGCAAAGACCUGGAAAAUGUGACUUCUAAGGAGAUACGAAAUGAGCUGGAGAAGCACAUGAAUUGCAACUUGAAGGAAUUCAAGGAAUUUAUAGACAAUGAAAUGCUGCUUAUCCUGGGUCAGAUGGAUAAACCGUCGCUGAUUUUUGAUCAUUUAUAUCUGGGGUCCGAGUGGAACGCUUCCAACCUGGAGGAGCUGCAGGGCUCGGGCAUUGACUACAUUUUGAAUGUGACCAGAGAAAUAGAUAAUUUUUUUCCCGGUUUGUUCGCGUAUCACAAUAUCCGAGUGUAUGAUGAGGAGACGACAGACCUCCUGGCUCACUGGAACGAGGCGUACCACUUCAUCAAUAAGGCCAAGAAGAAUCACUCCAAGUGCCUGGUGCACUGCAAAAUGGGUGUGAGCCGGUCGGCAUCUACUGUUAUAGCUUAUGCAAUGAAGGAAUUCGGAUGGUCACUGGAAAAGGCCUAUAAUUAUGUGAAGCAAAAACGCAGCAUUGCGAGACCAAAUGCAGGUUUCAUGAGGCAGCUGUUGGAAUACGAAGGCAUUUUAGAUGCGAGCAAGCAGCGCCACAACAAGCUGUGGAAGCAGCAAGCAGAGAGCAACCUACCCCAGAGCACAGACAGCACCUCGGGGUCGGGUGACUUCUUACUCGAGAGCUUAGACAUCGACCUAGAAAACCGGGUGGCUGACCUGGACACGCCUUCGCAGUCAGCGUACCUGGAUAACCGCGCCGGCACAGAAGUGUCUGUGGGGUUUAAUUACUGCUUCCGCCGCCUCUCGGACACGCUGCUGGAGAACAAGAUUCCUGGUGAGAGGGUGGGCUUUUUCCACGUGGAGGAGCUGGAGCGGGAUGCGCUUAGGGAGCGUGCUGCCUCGCUGGUGGGACGGCCUCCGGCAGCGCCUUCGGAGGGGAGGCUGAUGGAGACGGUGAAAGCCCUGGAGACAGCGGAGCCGCUGGCAGAGCUGAGCAGUUUCUGCAAGAAGGAGGUGAAGAAGAAACUGGACUUCAGCCCCCGGAAGGGAAGGAUAGUGCUGGGCCCUGGGGACCCGGGGGAGGACGGUGUCAGGGAGGAAAAUCCGAUGGAGAAGUGGAAGCGGCGUUUGUCCAUGCACAAGGAGGAGAGCAGGCUUAAUAGAGAGAACUUGAAUAACAACAACAGCAAAAGGAGUUGCCCAGAGGAUUUUGAGAAUGAUGCCGUAUUUGGGAUCCUCAGUAAAGUCAAGCCUUCCUAUCAGUCUUGCACUGACUGCAUGUAUUCCUCAGCCAGUUUGUCUCCCGACUCCUUUGGGGAGCAGUGCGAGAAGUUGAACGCCGGCGCUGCGCGUCGCAGCACCACCAUCUGCACGCAGCCAGCCCUCCUCUCCCACAUCAAUUCCAACUUGGCGGACCACCUGCCCAGCAAGGCACACUCAGAGGAAGGAAUCAGAACUAAAAAUAACGAGGCUCCACUUCUGCUGUCGGCAGGAGUUGGGACUUUGGAGGCUGGUGCUUGCAAAUCACUUGAUCAACACUGCAGCAUUUUGGAGAGAGGAAAAGAUGCACCAAAAACCCCAGUCAAAACUCUGCUGCCCAGGAGAAACUCGCACUGUGACAAGAGCCUCCUUAACACAGAAGCGGUGAAAGAAGAGUCUCUAGCCAGAAAAGAUGGCAAACCUACCAAGGAUCUGAAGUACUUGUUCAACAAAGACUUGGAAAAACCAAGUGCAAACAGUUACUUGAUGCAGCAUCAGGAGUCUCUUAUUCAGUUGCAGAAAGCAGGCUUGGUUAGGAAGCACACCAAAGAGCUGGAGCGGUUGAAAGGCCUGCCCUCGGAUGCCUCGUCGCUGCUCAGAGAGAGCCCGCUAAGCAGAGUCGACUCUGGCAUUGUGGAGGAAAAUGAGGAUUUGAUUUCACAUCACAGCCUCGUACCUCUUCUGGGACCAGCCCAGUUGAUACCCGAAGAUGCAGAAAAUAAUGUGGAGAAGUUAGAGGCGAAACGCGUCUUGGAGGGGAUCUCUCAGAAAACCUCCACGCCUGUCAUGUGCCGCUUGGAGCACACGAGCAGUUUCACCAAGGACUUUCUGAAGACCAUCUGCUAUACCCCCUCCUCCUCCCGGAGCUCCAACCUGACGCGUAGCUCCAGCAGCGACAGUAUCCACAGCGUGCGGGGCAAGCCCGGCCUGGUGAAGCAGCGAACUCAGGAAAUUGAGACCAGGCUGCGGCUGGCUGGCUUGACUGUGUCUUCUCCUCUGAAAAGGUCCAAUUCUCUUGCCAAGCUAGGAUGUCUUAACUUGUCCUCUGAGGACUUGUCAAGUGACAUGGAUGUGUCAACCAUAACGGGCUCAAAAGAGGCCGUUUCAAGUGAGUCUUCCAUGCUCUGUGAGCCACAAUCCACGCUGAAGAGUGCAGACGUCACCUCCAAACUGGCAGCGAAGCCGGCGGUCGGAAACUUGAAGAACACGCUUUGGAUGGGCAAAAGUUGA